AUGGCAAAAGGUUGUCAUCAUUUACUAAGGGGUAAGAGGAGAGAGACAAAAUACACUCAUGGAUUCUCUUCAUCGGAGAUGGAGUCAUUAACUAGAGUCUGUGAGGCUCUUUUGCCUCCUCUACCAUUGAAUUCUCUGGAAGGCACUGCAAAGGAUGGCCAAUCCAACAAGGCCAUCGAGUACUUCCAAAUGGCUUCUGGUUCCCAAUAUCCAGUUCCUGAUGAGGUUGCUGAAACAGUAGUGAAGAGGGGUUUUUUUGAAGCAGUGAUGUUGGUGAAAGGGCUGUUACGGGUGCUUUCCAGCAGGCUUGGUACACUAUUGCUUUGUGGGUUUCUUUGUUUUGGUGAUAAAUGGCCAUAUAUUUACAAGUUCUCAGAGAUUUCAUUGGAGAAGAGAGAGAAGAUUCUCCAGUACUGGUUCAGAAAUAGGUUUCUAACACCUGUCAGACUCGGAUUCUUAUUCAUUAAAAUCUUGUGCCUCUAUGUCUUCUUCUCACAGGUACAUAUUAACCCCCUUUCUCUGACCUAA